AACGCAAUCAUACCCGUCGUGCACGAUCCUUGCCCGACCCAUGUUGCCAGCGCCUCCUCUCCUUGCCUCUGCUCCCCUUCUUCGCUCUCUUCCCUCCACGCCCCCCAUCCAUCAAUCUUGCCAUGCUGCCGCCUGUCAUUUCGUCCUGCGUCGCGUGCAAGCGUCUUCCCAGACCAGCGAGCCGUCGUCACGGCAUCUCACGUCUGCGAACACAGGCCGUCGCAUGCAUGAUUGGGCCAUGGGCACUCUCCAUGCCUCCGUCUGGUCGACUCAAAUCUCCGAAGUCGAUUGGCCGGACUGGCCGUUUCUCAAGCCAAGGUCAUUUCCAGUUGGUCGAUCUAGCUUCAAUCUCCCAAACUCCUUUCCCCUGGGCCUUUCUCUGUACGCUACAAUAAAAAAAAGAGGCGCUCAAAUUCCAGUAGCGCUCGGCUGGAUCUUUCAGUCUUCUUUGAAGGGAGAAACCCAAAACAUCCUCCAACAUCUCUGAACACCCUCUCCUCCGUACUUGCUCAGUCUCCUUGUGCCUCAGCCUUUCCAGCCCGGUGUCGUCUGUCCUCGUCGCAUGAUCCUCUAAGCCCGUCACCGGUUCACCAAGCGCCUCAAGUCUUCCCUCCUUCUUUAUCACGCUGCCCUACCACCUCGUCGUUUUCCACGUCUUUGUCUGUGUCUGCCUUGCCGCUGUCCGUAUCCUCGCGCCUCGCCUGGUGUCUCGACUGUGCGCGCGGCGUGUGCUUGUCCGUUUGCGUUGCCUGAACGGGGGGCUUGUGGGAGCAGAUAAAGGCUCCGCACCGUCUACCUGACCGCCGUCCCGAAGGGCAGCCCCAAGGCUAUCUCUCUCUUCGCUAUCUGUCGGCCUUUCCACCCUCAUCACCACCGCCAGCAUCACCUGCACCGCUCACCUGCAGGCCUGGUUCCGGUCCCCUUGCGGCUCUACAGACCUUCCCUUGUAGUGCCUGCCUUCGAUACCGGAGCUGUGCAAGCCAGCCCACGCCCCUCACCUCCUGCCGCAAAGGAUACAGAAUACAGUUUUCCUCUCCCUGAACGAUCAGGAAGGGAUCUUCCAACAUGGCGGACGUAGACACGAAUGCCUCCUUCCGCCGCGGACACCGCAGAUAUCAAUCAGUCAUGGCGCAACAAUUCUCGUCGCAGCUCGACGACCUCUUCAACAUGGACGGUGGCCUUGACUCGCUGGUGCACGACGUCGAGGCAAAGCGCCAGUCCAUCUUUGUGCAGCAGCGGGAGCUCGAAGAGCUCCAGGAGCGGAUCCGCCAAGCUGAGGCCCGCCUCGGCGGCACUUCGGACGAGGAGAACGAUGCAGAUUCAGACGCCUCGGGGUCGGACGGCGCUAGCAGAGGCAGCGGCAAGGCCUCGGAGUCGGCGCGCACCAGAGCGAUCACGUCGAGCGCCCGCCAGCCCUCCAUCUUUGCCAUACGGGAGACCAAGGACGAGGAGGAGCAACCCCAAGUUCAGCCUGUGGCGCCUGCUCCUGCGCCGGCGGCUCCAGUUGCAAAAGUGCCCGCUCAAGACUAUGUUAUGGUAAGGCGGCCACGGCCUGCGCCUAGAAAGCAUCCAAGGGUGGACUCGCACAUUGAGAUCAGUGAGGAAGAAGAGGAGGACGAGGAGGACGAGGAGGAUGAUGACGAGGAGGACGAGGGGUCGUCCGAGGAAGAGAGCUCUGAGGAGGAAGCCGCACCGGUCAGAUCGCCAGCCAGGCGUCGCUAGAAAGGACGGCACGCACCUUUGUCUGAACCGCGUUCUUCGUUCUCAUCUCUUUGUUCUUUUCGUCACCUUCUGCUCUCACCGCCCCCGCACCCCUUUUCUUGCGAACGAUUUUGCAUCCAUCACACACGUACACCCCGUCCACCGACACGCAACCAUUUUUAGCAUCUUGCAUAGACAUUGGCGCACAGUUCUAGCAGCGGUCGCACUUUUUUGACACGCACUCACACACACGACGACGAGACCACAACACCGAGCACGUAUGAUUCCCCCUUUCGAUCGGGGCCGGAAUGGCGCCCGGCGGAACUGUGAGCGACCUUUUACUUUUUGGUCUCUCCAGCACGCAUUUCUUGCCGUUGGGCCAUCUCGCUUCAUCUUCCACAUUCUGAGCGGAGUCGACAGAGCUUGGAGGAUCAGGCUUUUUUUUUUGUUUUUCUCAACGUUUUCCGUUACCUCACUGUACCUGCACAAACCCGUACUUCAGAUACCCUCGCUGCAAGCUCACAGACAAACGUUUACAUAUCAACCCUCUCCCUCCACGUGCGCUCGCACGCUCACCCAAUGUUUUUUCUUUCCUUUGUUCUUCAUAAGCUCCUUGAAGGGAGGUGGGGGAGGAAGCAUACCACAAGACUCUUUGUAAUCAAGAUUCACCCACAUAGAGGUUUCCGCUUUUUGGUUGUUCUUUCUGCUUCUGCUUCUGCUUCUGCUUCUUACCAUUCAAUACACGGGCGAAGGCGAGAAUGGCGGCUUGCUCUACUCGGAAAGUUGAUCUUUCGGAGGGUAGAAUCACCGCGAUGUUGAUUGUAGCUAGCUCAGUAUCUGUAGCGGAGAGGCUCUAGAUAUUCGUCAAACCCUUCG